UUAAUUUGUUGAAGGAAUGGGGAAUUGAAAAGAAAAUAUUUUCUAUAACAUUAGAUAAUGCGGGUUAUAAUGAAGGUCUUGUGGAUCGCUUGAUUGAACAUUUUAAGCUGACGGAUUCUUUGCUUUCUGAUGGAGAUUUUGUCCACAUCAGGUGUGCAAAUCAUAUUUUGAAUUUGGUUGUCAAAGCUGGUUUGAAAACAAUUGAGAGUGCUAUUUUUAACAUUAGAGAAAGUAUAAAAUAUAUUAAAGGUUCCGAGUCAAGGAUUGUGAAAUUUGUAGAGUGUAUUAAGAACCUUGGUUUAAAGAUGAAUGGAAAAUUGUAUCAAGAUGUGUGUACAAGAUGGAACUAUACAUACUUGAUGCUUGAUAGUGCUUUUCCUUAUCGUCGAGCAUUUUCUGACUUCAAGAUACUUGAUACAGAUUUUAAAUGUUUUCCUUUAGAUGAUGAUUGGGUUGAAGCUGAAAAAAUUGCCAAGUUUUUGAGGCCUUUUUAUGAAAUCACUACAUUGUUUUCAGGAAUCCAUCAUCCUACUGCUAAUUUAUAUUUUCAUAAAGUUUGGAAAAUUCAGAUGUUGAUACAAGAAGAAAAAUAUAGUGAAGACCCUAAUAUUAAAGAGAUUGCUAUUGAAAUGGAGAAGAAGUUUGCAAAAUAUUGGGAGGGUGACUACAGUCCAAUUGCUUCAAUGGCUGUAGUUCUUGAUCCUCGAAGACAAGUUAAAAUUGGUGAAGUUUUGCUUUAAGAAACUUGAUCCUUUGACUAGCAAUGAAAAGGUAAGUGUUGUUGAAGAUAAUUUGCAUAGGAUGUUCAAAUAAUACAUGACAACUUUCGAUGUUGAAAUGGUUGGAAGUAGUAGUCGUGGAUGUGAUGGUGAGAUAUUGGAUGACAUGGAGGAAUUUUAUAUGUUUGAAAGUUCAUCUGCAUGUAGUUCCGGAAAGACACAAUUGGAUUUAUAUUUGGAAGAGCCAGUAGUAGUUCGUAAAGGAAAUGAAAAUUUUGACGUGCUUACAUUUAUGAAGGAUAAUAGGAUGAAGUAUCCUGAACUCUCAUUGAUGGCUCGUGAUUUGUUAAGUAUACCUAUAAGCACAGUUGCAUCGGAAUCUGCUUUUAGCGUUGGUGGCCUAGUUAUCGACAAAUUUCAAAGUUCCAUCUUACCAGAAAAUGCUGAAGCUAAGUCGUGUUCUCGAGAUUGGAUGUAUGGGCAUCAAGCUCCUGAUGAUUUUGAGGAUGAUGAGGACAUUGCAAUAGAUGUGGAGAAAAUUGCCGCUAAACUUUUGAGUUAGAGAUCAGUAGUAUUAUAAAGAAAAUGCUGGUAUGGAAAAAGGGAUACUGAUGAUUG